AUGAGUGAAUACACCGAGGUUUUAUAUAACCAACCGAUUGUAAUAGACAAUGGUACAGGUAUAAUCAAAGCAGGGUUUAGCGGAGAGACAAAACCAACAACUUUUGAGUUUAAUAUAAUAGGUGUGCCCAAAUAUAAAAAAAUUAUGACUACUGCAACCUCAAAUAAGGACUCCAAGAAUAAUAACACUAAUUCCGCAAACGUUAACUCUCAAACUUCAGCUACUCUAGAAAGCAGCAACAAUAUCACCAUUAAUACCGGUAUUAAUGAAAGAUAUGUAGGGAAUCAUGCACAACAAAAUAGAGGAAUAUUAAAAUUACAAUGUCCCAUGGAAAAUGGAACUAUUACGAAUUGGAAUGAUAUGGAAUUGAUAUGGCAAUAUAUUUUGAAUAAUAGGCUAAAUUUGAAAUCACAAGAUGAUAUUCAGGAGCACCCAUUACUUAUUACCGAGGUUCCCAUGAAUCAAAGGAAAAACAGAGCAAUAAUGUGCGAGAUACUCUUUGAAAAUAUAGAAGUUCCUGCAGUGUACGUUGCGAUUCCUGGUAUAUUAUCUCUUUACAGCAGUGGUAGAACAACUGGUUGUAUAUUAGAUAGCGGAGAGGGAUGCAGCUAUGCAGUAUCGGUUUAUGAUGGAUACCACAUUCCGACAUCAAUAAAAAGAAUUGAUGUUGGUGGCAGUCAUAUAACUGAUAGUUUACAAUUAUUAUUAAGGAAAUAUAAUGGUAUAUCUUUAUUUUCAAGUAGCGAACGAGAAUUAUGUAGAAUGAUCAAAGAAACUGCAUGCUAUGUUUCUCCAAAAGAUAACCAUUACGAACAACAAAUAAUAGCUGCAGCACAGAAGUUUCGCUUACCCGAUGGCCAAAUUAUUCAAAUGAAUGAAGAGAGAUAUUUAUCACCAGAGAUACUUUUCAAGCCACAAAACUUUGGAUUGGAAUGCUUGGGAAUACACAAUUUGGUACAUCAGAGUAUUAAUAAAGUGGAUAUAGAAUUACGUUCGACCCUAUAUGAGAAUAUAAUAUUGACAGGAGGGAACACAGUAAUGGAGAACUUUGGAGAAAGAUUAUGCACAGAGUUAACACCAUUGAUACAUGAAGGGACUUCCUUAAAACUAUAUGCGCCACCAGAAAGAAAAUAUUCUUCUUGGGUUGGUGGAUCGAUACUAGCAGGAUUAUCUUCUUUCAAAAACAUCUGGUUAACUAAGGCAGAAUAUCAAGAAAAUCCUGAACUAAUACAAAAUCAAUUUUUAUCAUAA